AUGCUUACGAAAUGGGAAGAAUAUUUAGAAAGGAUAGUCAAAGAAAAGGAGUGCAGAAUUACCUGGGUCGGGAUCGAAGAGAAGGGGACACCGCAAGCGACCGCUGCGUUCGAUCGGGAAGCAAUAAAAGAAGUAAUUGAUGCAUCUGGGGAUGACGAGCUGGUCGCGGAAUGGACCAACCGCAGGAUCGACGUCCGUCGUUUCCCCGAGAGCCUUGCGAAGAAAGGCCGGACUUCUGAACCGCCAAGAAGGGAAACUCCUUUAUGUUGUACGGGAUUUGCGGAUACACAAAUUGAAAAAUCCGCGCGCACUGGCAAGUUCUGUUCUCCUUCACGGUCAGGUGUCAGCUACUCGCCCAGCCACGACCACCUUCAACCAACAGGACAGACCCGAGAUGAGUCAGCGCCCUCUGCCCCUCGAAUGGAUCAAGGAACACGGGAUCGCCUUCAUCGCUAG